UGGAAAUGGCCCCUAAAUGCUACGAUGAGAGCUAUAAAAGCCUCAAGGUUACCGGCUUAAGUUAUCAUCCUGAACCUGGACAGCGCUUCAAUAUUGUUGCGUCAUCAGAAAAACAACCCAUUCCAGGAUCUGUAUGGAUUGAGGUUCCAGCAUGGGUGUCACAGGGGAAGAGAUCGCCAUUGUCGGCAUUGGUUGCAAUUUUCCAGGCGGAGAGGGACUUGACAACUUCUGGAAGGUUCUUCAGGCAGGAAGGAACUGUGCGGUGCGGAUUCCAGAAGAGAGGUUUGACUGCACCCAUUGGUAUGAUCCUGACGACAGCAAGCCAGGCAAAUCUUGUACAGAACGAGCCUCCCUGAUCGAUGGGUUCAAUGAAUUUGAUCACAAGUUCUUCAACAUUGAUGAUGAUGAAGCUGGGCUGAUGGAUCCUCAGCAGAAGCUCCUUUUAGAAUGUUCCUACAGGGCCCUAGAGGAUGCUGGGAUUCCAAUGGAGAAAGUCAGUGGGACCAGCACAGGCGUGUUCAUAGGUCUCAUGAACCGGGAUUAUGAGCAAUCAAUAGCAGCCAUCAGUCCAAAUGUAAUAACUCAUCGCAAUAGUACCGGAACAGCAAUGAGCAUCGCUGCAAAUCGCAUAUCCUACACUUUCGACCUGACUGGACCCUCUCUGGCCAUUGACACUGCCUGCUCCUCCUCGCUUGUAGCCCUGCACUUUGCCGUCCAGGCUAUAAAAAACGGGGACUGUGAUAUGGCUCUCUGUGGCGGCGUUAGCAACAUAAUGGAGCCAUGGACCUUUGUUGCUUUGAGUAAAGCAAAGAUGAUCUCUCCUGAUGGAACUAGCAAGCCAUUUUCCAAGCAUGCAAAUGGUUAUGGGAGAGGGGAAGGUUGUGGGAUUGUCCUACUGAAGCCACUCAAAAAGGCUCUAAGUGACCUUGACCAUGUGUGGGGUGUCAUAACCACAAGCGCUGUGAACCAGGAUGGCCAUUCUGUCACUCCAAUAACCAAGCCAUCUGUGGUCCAGCAGAAGGAGCUACUGCAAGUGAUUUAUACGGACAUUGAUCCAUCUCAUAUCCAAUAUCUAGAGGCUCAUGGGACAGGAACCCUGGUUGGAGAUUCCACUGAAGCAGAAAGCAUCUCUACAGUCGUUGCCAAAGGCAGAUCUGCAGGAUCAGCACCACUUUGUAUGGGCUCUGUGAAAGGUAACAUUGGGCACACAGAGUCUGCAGCAGGAGUGGCAGGACUUAUCAAGGUACUUCUGAUGAUGCACCAUGAAGUCAUAGUUCCUUCAGUCUUCUACUCUGAGGACAGUGCAAGUAUUGAUGCCCAGGCAUUACGAGUGAAAGUUCCAGUGUCAGCAGAAAAGUGGGAAGUGGGUGGUCCAUUUGGAAGGGCUGCAGGUGUGAACUGCUUUGGGUUUGGGGGAACAAAUGCCCAUGCAGUUGUGAGGGAGCACAAGACGGUUUGUAGUAACCAAUCAAAGCGUUUGCCUGUAAUUGUCACUCUCUCGGGAAGCAGUGAAAAGUCACUCACAUUGAUGAUGGAGAGCACAGCUCAACAGAUAAGCUCUGAUGACACUGUACAUCUCCCAAAUUUAGCAUAUACGUCAACAUGUAGAAGAACUCACGCAAAACACAAAUAUAGGAAAGCUUUCCUGGCAUCUUCUCUUAGCCAUUUAGAAGAACAACUGAAAUCUUCGCUCAAAAGAAAAAUUGUGCCAUCAAAGGCAGAUCCUAAGGUAGUCUUUGUGUUUUGUGGAAAUGGGGUCACAUACAAAGGCAUGUGUAAACAAUUAUUGAGGGAAGAGCCUGUUUUCAGGGAAAAAGUUAAGGAAAUAGACAGCAUCUUCCAAAAGUACAGCCAAACAAGUAUCUUUGAGAUGUUGGAGAGUGAUGGUAAUUUCUCUGAAGCAGAUGAGGUCCAGCCACUUCUUUUGGCCAUUCAGAUUGCAAUUAACUGUCUCUUAACACACUGGGGUAUCAAGCCAGAUGCAAUUAUUGGGCAUUCAGUUGGUGAGGUUGCUGCUGCUCAUUGUUCUGGUCUCCUGUCCUUGGAGGAUACAGUGAAAGUAAUAAAUUUUCGAAGUUCUUUGCAAAGUCGGGCGAAUUCCGGGAAAAUGCUUGUUGUCGGAAACAUAGAAGUGUCAGAAAUUGAGAAGCUACUUACUGCUUACACAGGAAGGAUUUCCUUGGCUGCGAAGAACAGCCCUCGGUCUUGUACCUUAGCGGGUGAUGCAGAUGCGGUAGACGAGCUUCAACAGGAGCUUCAAAGCUCUUUCCCAAACAAAAACUUGUUCAUCCGUGUUUUGAAUGUCACUACAGCUUAUCAUAGUCAUAUAAUGGAUCCCAUUCUGACUGAAGUAGAAAAGAGCAUAGGAUCUUUGCAGGAGAAUGAAACAGUAGCAGAGCUUUUUUCCACAGUGACAGGAAAGGCGUUUUGCAAAGGGGAAUUUUCAACUGGAAAAUACUGGGCUAGAAACAUAAGAGAGCCCGUACUCUUUGACCAGACUCUGAAAGCAGCAGCUGAGGGAAGGAAAAAUGUAAUUUUCGUUGAGAUUGGGCCCAGACCAGCCUUACAAAGGAACAUUAUAGAGACUCUGGGAGAAGACACUAUUGUUUUUUCCACUGCACAGCCAGAAAAAGACCACGUAGCAAUGCUUAAUGUUGUGUGCAGACUAUUUGAACUUGGAGUGCCAGUAAACUGGGAACAGUUUUACCGUGGGUACGAGACAUUGCCAACACCGUACCCAAGGUAUGAAUUUGACCGAACCAAGAAAAGUCUGUCUGCCAAAGCACAAGCAGGCAAUGGAAGUGGGCAUCCUGUGCUCACCAGCACAGGUCCCAACAGCUUCCUUUGCGACGUGACUUCUGAAUCAGCAUCCUAUCUUUAUGAGCACAAAAACAAUGGUGUCCCAAUCAUCCCAGGAGCCUUCUAUGUUGAACUGGCUCUAGCAUCCUUCAUUGCAAGUUCAAAACCAAAGGUCCCCCUCAAUUCAUUGGACCUAAACAUAAAAUUUCAAAAUCCAUUUGUUUUGAGCCAUAAUUCUCCUGCAAUAACAGUACAACUUGAUACAGGAGAGAAUGAAAAGAGUGUUAAAAUAUAUUCUUCCUCAGCAACUUAUGCAUCUGGGAGCAUCAAGCAUAUGCCAUCAUUAACAGCAAAGAGACAGAAUGUUUCACUCGAUCAUAUUUUAAAGAGAUGCACCUCAAUUUUGCAGUCGGAGGAAUUCUAUGACACAGUCAGUCAGAUGGGAUUCCAAUAUGGCCCGAUUUUCAGAAACAUUGGAGAUCUGUACUGUGGAGAAGAGUUUACUGAAGUUGUCACCCUUGUAAAACUUCCAGAUGAAAUUCUGAAUGAUCUUCACGAUUACUGCAUCCACCCAGUAGUGUUGGAUUACUUCAUGCAAAUGGCAGCAGUGAUUGGAAAAAGUCGAUCAUGGGCAAGACCAAUGUUCCCAUCAUCGGUGGGUUCUUUAACAAUAUCUGAACCUCUACAGGAAGAAAUGUUCUUCUAUAUACGCAAAACUCAGAGUGAAGCCGACUUCUAUGAUUUAUGCGGUUACUUCUUAGACAGGAAGGGUCAGGUUUUGGCUGAGCUUAAACAUGUGAGAAUCACUUACGUUGGCAGUGACCCUUCUGAUGUCAAAGAUUUGUUCUUUGAAAACAAAUUUGAUGUAACUGAUGAAGAGAAGCCAAGCACCAGUAACAAAUGCAAAGCUUUUGUGUUUGCAGAUGACAUAGGGUUAGCUGAGGAGUUAAAACAGCAUUUGCACCCAGAUUCGACAUAUGUGCUACCAAAGAAUGAGAGAGAAUUAUCAAAUAGGAAUGCUGUUGACGUUCUGUCAAAAUUUGAUAUCCCCAAAAAGAAGUAUGAUGACAUCUUAUUCAUGUGGGGUAUCGGAAACAUCACAGAUCUGGAUACAGAAAGUACUCUAGAGCACUUGGUAAACUGCUGUGAGGAUUUCCGGCAAAUUGUGCUCAAGCUUACUGAGGAAAAUUUCCCCCAUUCUAUCAGAGUCAUAACUUACAGAUCAACAGAAAAGACAGUCGAUCAGAUCACUCCCGGUUUCGUGCUUAGUGGCCUAACCAGAUCACUUGCAGUGGAGGUGGAACUUAUUACAUUCCAGUUCAUUGAUGUUGGGUCACUUUCAAAAAAUGACAUUCAAGCUCUCAGUCAGGUGAUUCAUUCUUACCCCUCUGCAAAAUAUCCAGAGGUCACUGUAAGCCAAGGCCAGAUUUACUCUCUUACCCUUUCCAAUACAUCUUUCAAAGCUCUUGACAAGAGAAGUGUUCGCCAAUCUCAGUCUGAGUGUUUCACAUUACAGACUGCUGACCCUUACCGGGUUACAAACCUGUCAGCCAUUCCCUUCAGUAAUCUCGAUACCAAAGUUAAAGAGCAAAUGGUUCAGGUUCAGCUCAGUAAAAUUUGCGUCCACUCAUCGGACUUUUUUCCAGUCAGUUUAUCAGAUUUGAAUUAUGGUCAGACAUUCUACUGGAGUGAACAUAGCUCUAAGAACCACAACCUGCUAGCUCUUGACUUCAGUGGUAUAGUUACAGCUGUGGGUAGGAAUGUUACUAAAUUUAAAGUUGGCGAUCAGAUUGUUUCUUGCUACCCAGUGGUCGCAUCCUCCAAGCUCAGGAUUCCAGAAUAUGCAUGCUACAAUUCAAACAUGCUUUCAUUUGCAGUAGAUGUUCCAUGCAUGUCCUACUUUGUGAUAUCCUGGGAGAUCUUGCGUCGCAUGCUGCCUGAAGUGAAGCAGAAUGGAUCAGUAUUGGGCAUCAUUUCAUCAGAACGUAACUCGCAUCUGGCUCAGGUUUUGACGGCAGCAGUGAAAAAAGGUGGAUGGAAUGUGACUGUGGCCACAGAAGCUAGUGGAAUGUAUGAUGCACUCAUCUUUUUAUCUCCAGUAGAUGUUUCUUCUGUAGCCCAAGCCUGUAACGAUUCUAAGGUCAGACAGAUUGUUGUAGUCUGUGGUGGCAAAGUGCCAACCGCUCUCUCACAAACUAUCUUGAACAAUGAGAAUGACAAUGUUCGCAUUGAAAUCCUUCAAGUGGAACAGAUCUUACAGAAGUCGUACCUCAAAAGUCAGAGGGAAAAUAUCUCCAAGUGGCUUACCUCAGCUCAUUUUAGCUCAAAAGAUUUCCAUUUUCAAUGCAAUACUUUCCAGACAGCAGUCUCUGAAAAUAGUGAGCCUGAAUCCUAUUUUAAUUCAAAGACACUGCCUGUGAUUGUUCUAGCUGAUGAGAAAAUGAAGGAAAUUUCAGAAAUACCUGUGCAUGAGGAGGAAAAGCUAUGUUUUCUUAAGAAAGCUGUGUACAUAGUAUCAGGGGGGCUUUCUGGCCUGGGGUUCGAAACUGUUAAGUUUCUUGCUAAACGAGGAGGAGGUCACAUUGUUAUCCUUUCUAGAAGGAAACCUACACAUGAAAUGCAGGUGGAGAUUGAUGCCAUACAGGAUGCUUAUGGAGCCAUUGUCACAUGUAAACAGUGUGACAUUUCAAUUGCUUCAGACGUCACAGCAGUAGUUCAAGACGUCAGCCGGAAAUUCCCUUCCUCUCCAAUUAAAGGAGUGUUCCAUAGUGCAGUUGUGUUGCAUGAUGGGAUGAUUAGUGCUCUUCAUAAGUCACACUAUUUCAAAGUUCUGAGACCCAAGGUUAAUGGGGUGCUGAAUCUGCAUCAUGCAACAAAGGAUUUCAGAUUAGACUACUUUGUGUGCUAUUCCUCUGUUGCAUCAGGCAUUGGCAAUGCAGCUCAAUCAAACUAUGCUGCAGCCAACUCUUUCAUGGACAUGUUUUGCCAUUACCGGCGAAAACUUGGCCUUGCUGCGCAGACCAUUAACUGGGGGCCAUUGAACUUGGGUCUCCUGUUGGACAAGGCGCAUUUGCAGUUACUUUUGGAAGAUAAGGGGCUACUUGUAAUGAAUGUAUCAGAGGUCCACGAAAGCCUAGAGAGAUGCUUGCUCCAGAAUAACGCUCAGCAAAUUGUUUGCAAAUUCAGCUUCAAAAACAUACUCAGCAGCGUCUUGCACCUCAAUAACUUUAUGAAUGUACGCUUUCUUCCAUUAAUGGAAAAAAUACUCCACAAAACAAAGCAUCUCAAUUCCAUGGACCUGAAUGUGACUCGUCCCACUACAUCAGAGGAGUAUGUCAAAUGUUUGCUUUGUGAAAUCUGCAACAUUGAAAUGGAAGAACUCGGAGAUGACAUGACACUUGUAGCCCUGGGCAUUGACUCGAUGCUGGCAAUGACCAUGCAGAAUCGCAUCUAUCAGGAAAGACAAAUCCGUGUUCCUCUUGUAGUGAUCCUUGACCCAAAUGGCACAGUCAGUUCCUUAAUUUCACUUUUAAUGGGGGACAAAACGGCAGAGAUACAGGAAUAGUUUUGGUGUAGGUGUGGAAUAUUUUGCUCAGCAGUAGUUCCUGUUUUAGGAUUUUAAGUCUGUUGAUGCACUUGAUACGUUGCAGUGACCCUUUACACACGUUAUAAUGAAUAAUGGUUUACAAAGAACACUGUCAGAGAUUUAAUAUGAAUAUUGGUUAAUCACAGUUAAUUAUAAUCACACAGUUUGAUCAAUAAUGAAAAAUCUGCAAUAGCUGGGAUCACUUAUUAUAACUGUGUAUUUUUAUUUAAAUUACUUGAUUAUGACACUUGAUUAUUUUUUUCUCUUAAAGUUUAAAUGCCAAAAUUGGUGCCAUGAUUGUGAGGGUCAAAUUAAAUCCAAAGUGUAGACGUUGCAUAGUUAUUGCGCUCAACUUAUUAUUUUUUUCUUCAAGUUUAAAUGCCAAAACGGGUAUCUUAAUAUGUACUCGUUGAUACAGUUGAUACAGCUUUAACCUUUUCUAUUGCAUUUUUUAAUGAGUUAUGCUUAAUCAUGUUUUAUGUAAAACAAAUGAAGAUCACUUUCAACACAUCUCCCUUAAUGCGUGUUUGCUCUCGGCAUUCUCAUGAAGGCAACUAAGAUGUUUUUUUGUUUAAGUAAUAUUACUGAAUAUGCUUUUUUUUCUUCUAAAGUCGGUAUUUUCACAUUGGUUAACCUACGCUAGCAAGCCAGCCUCACUACGGAGGGUAUCAGAAACGAGUUAAUUUGUUCGUGUUAAAUUAGUGUUACAGAGUGAAUGCUUUCUAAAGACAAAAGUAAACAGCAAAUCUCUAAUGACAUGUUUAUCAAUGCAUGUAUGUAUAUAUUCGCGUGCAUAGAUUAUAAACCGUAAUGCUGGAUAAGAUUGCCACUGUGUGCUGUGCCCUGAAAAACCAAUGCCCAACUAUGGUUUAAGUUUAGAAACAUUUGCAAGUACGUUUUUUAACGUUUUACAUGAUGUCUGGAUCUAUCUGUACGAACUCGUUGUAUACCGAGCCCGUGUUCUGCUUGCCACUUACCUUUAUUGAGCAUGUUUAAAAUAAAAUAUACAUCCAAUGACA